GUUCAUUCAGUUCAGUCGUCGUCGCUGCCGGUGUAUCUUGUCCGCGCGCCGCUUCCCGUGUUUCUCGUGUUACCAAAAGAGUUUCCCCCGACGGAGCUUUCCGGUGUUUCUGUGCCGCGGUCGUCAUGAGCCAUUAGCCCGUGUUUCUGUGUGUGAUUGUGUUUCUUUACCGAGGAUUUUCCCGAAAUGGGGUAUUUGCCGGUGGCAGGACUUCUCGUUCUGCUGGUCGCACUAUCUGAAGCCCAAUACAACCAAGGGUUCUACUCGGUGAUCGCGCCGAAAGUUCUUCGGCCGAACACGGAAUACCAUGUGGCGGUAUCUGUGGAGGACGCCUCUCAACCGACGUCUGUCAUCGUCCAAGUUGGCGGGAAGCAGGACAGCGGCGGCACUUUCCGCACCUCCGAGUACGUCACCCUCGCGCCCUACGCUUCCCAGAUCGUCAAAUUAGAGAUCGGAGACGUGGGCCCGGGGCUGUACAAUCUAACGGUGCAAGGUUCUGGUGGGCUGAGCUUCGAGAACACGACCGAACUGGAGUACGUGCACAAAAGCUACUCGGUCUUCAUUCAGACGGACAAAGCCAUCUACAAGCCCGGACACAAAGUCCAGUUCCGCGUCAUCGUCCUCAACUCCCAUCUCAAGCCCGUUGUCACCGGAGCCCUCGAUAUUUUCAUCACGGACGGCAAAGGCAAUCGGGUGAAACAAUGGAAUCGGGUGCUCACAACAAAAGGCGUUUUCUCAAGCGAGCUCCCUCUCUCCAGUUCGCCUGUUCUCGGUGAUUGGAACAUAACUGUGAAUGUUCUCGACCAAGUUUUCCACAAAAGUUUUCAAGUCGCUGAGUAUGUCCUGCCAAAGUUUGAGGUCAACAUUGAUGUGCCCAAACAUGCCACCUUCAAAGACCCGCGCAUUGUCGCCAAGAUCCAUGCAAAGUACACGUAUGGGAAACCAGUCAAAGGCGAGGCUACAAUCACUGCUUAUCCUACAAUCUACUCUGGUGUCAUCCAACCUAUCUUUAGCAAUCCAGUCAGGAAGGUUGUCCCAAUUGAUGGCAAAGCUGUUGUUGAGUUUGAUAUCGUCAAAGAAUUAAGGUUAACUGACGAUUAUGAGCGUUCAGUCCAAUUUGAUGUUGCUGUUGAAGAGGCUCUCACCGGAAGGCGGCAAAACAACUCAGCUCAAACACUCAUGCACAAACACAAGUACAAGAUGGAGUUGGUACGAACAUCAGAGUACUUUAAACCUGGUCUUAAAUAUAGUGCUUUCAUCAAAGUUGCACACCAUGAUGGGUCACCAGUCAACGAUGAUAACAACAUGGUGAAAGUGCGUCACGGGUUCUCCUACAACACUGACGAAUAUACUGAGUCCAAACACAAGCUUGAUCGCAAUGGGGUUGUUGAGUUAACGUUCUAUCCACCUGCUCAAAAUGUUUCUUCCCUCGGCAUUGAAGCUGAUUACUUGGACCUGAAAGAGUGGUUCUCAACUGUAAGUGCAUCAAUCUCACCAAGCAACACAUUCAUUCAAGCCUCUUUGUUAAAUGAAAGCCCUGCCAUCAACCAAGACAUCGAAAUCAUGGUCAACGCAACAGAGCCUCUGAAAUACCUGAGCUAUCAAGUCUUGGGGCGAGGUGAUAUCAUAACGGCUAACACUAUCACCAUUCCUGAACGGAAAGAGGCCACUAUUCGUUUCCUAGCUACAUACGCAAUGGCACCAUCCGCACAUAUUAUUGUCCACUAUGUGAGAGAAGAUGGAGAGGUUGUAGCUGAUGUUUUGGAUAUCGAGUUGGACGGUGUAUUCCAGAAUUUUGUCGACGCUUCCAUCUCGCCCGAGAACACAGAACCAGGUGCAUCUGUCCAGCUUGAUUUUGAAGCUAAACCCAACUCUUACAUCGGAAUAACUGGUAUUGAUCAAAGUGUGCAUUUGCUUAAAUCCGGAAACGAUAUUGAAAAGGAUGAUGUCCUUAACGAGCUGCGUUCGUACGACCGCUCCAACAAUCAUUUGGAUAUCGCACCCAUUGCGAGGCGUAAACGAUCCCUAGCCUGGUGGCCUGGGUCCUUCACAGCACAAGAAGUUUUUGAUAAAUCUGGUGCUAUCAUCCUUACGAACGGAUAUGUCCAUGAGAGAUCUCCUUGGACCCGGCUAUCAUCCGGUCGUAAUCUGAAGGCGGAAAAUCGUGUAACCAACAGACCAAUACCACCCACUGGCAUACCUGUUGUAAAGCCUGAUAUCGGGCCUCCUGUGGUGUAUCGUCAAGCCACGAGGCCUCCUUUAGCUGGCCCGUACGCCUUUUCACGAAUUCCAUUUCCUGUGUGGAACAAGCCUCGCGUCUUUUUACCGCAUGAUAUUGCCGAUACUUGGCUCUUUGCUAAUAUAUCCGCAGGUUUCGACGGCAAGGUCUCGCUGAAGAAAGAUGUUCCAGACACCAUCACUUCCUGGAUAAUCACUGCAUUCUCAGUAGAUCCAGUGAAUGGUUUCGGUUUACUAUCAGUUCCGAAAAAGUUGACAGUCUUCAAGCAAUUUUUCGUCUCGCUAGAUUUACCUUACUCUGUGAUACGAGGAGAAGUCCUUGCAAUCCCUGUUGUAGUUUUCAACUACUUGAACAAAGAUCUCUCUGUUGAUGUUACGUUGGAAAAUGUUGGACAGUUCGAAUUUGCUGAUCACUCAAAUGAAGUUGACGAACCUCAGAAGGUGGAAUUAUAUCGGAGGAAAAAAGUUGCGGUAAAAGCCAACUCCGGUAGUAAUACUGUGUUCCUAAUCAAAGCAAAAGACUUGGGUUACAUUUCCAUCAAAGUCACUGCAACCAGUGCUUUAGCUGGUGAUGCUGUAGAAAGAAAACUGCUUGUCAAGGCGGAAGGUGUAACACAAUAUAAGAACAAGGCCAUCUUUGUUGACCUGCGACGAAACUCAAGUUUCAACACUAAUGUUACGUUAGAUAUUCCUCCCAAUUUCAUUCCAGGCUCAGAUUUUGUUGAAGUCUCCGCUGUUGGUGAUCUCCUCGGUCCAAGUCUUCCCAACUUGGCCAAUCUAAUCAAGAUGCCGUUCGGCUGCGGUGAACAAAAUAUGUUGAAUUUCGUUCCUAACAUUGUUAUUUUAGAUUACUUAAAGAAUUCUCGACAGUUGACUCCCGCAAUUGAAGCAAAAUCUGUUCGUUUCCUAGAAACAGGCUACCAGCAAGAAUUAACCUAUAAACGUCCCGAUGGAUCCUUCAGUGCUUUUGGUACUGCUGAUCCCAAUGGUAGCACAUGGUUGACAGCAUUUGUUGCAAAAUCAUUCCGCCAAGCCACUCCUCAUAUCUCAAUUGAGGAAUCAGUUAUAAUGGAAGCCCUGAGCUGGCUCUCAAACAACCAAGCUAACAAUGGCAGUUUCCCAGAGGUGGGCAAAGUGAGUCACUCAGAUAUGCAAGGUGGCUCAGCCAAAGGCCUUGCGUUGACCGCUUACACCCUCCUUGCUUUCUUGGAAAACGCACGGGCAACACCCCUCUACCGUAAUACGAUCAGCAAAGGUGUCGAUUACAUUGUACGUCAUCUUGAUGGUUUGGACGAUAGCUACGCAAUUGCAAUCUGCGCUUAUGCACUCCAUCUGGCCCAACACCCUGCAAAGCAAGCAGCGUUCAAUCUAUUGGAAUCGAAAGCUCAGGCCAAAGAUGGUCACAAAUGGUGGAAACGAGCGGAACGUAAAUCUGAUGCUAAGAACCCAUGGGCACAAGAACCGAAUAGCGUGGAUGUUGAAAUGACUUCAUAUGCCCUGUUAACGUAUCUUCAACGAGGUUUGCUAGAAGAUGCUCUCCCUAUUCUCUCUUGGUUGAUCUCUCAGCAAAACGACCAAGGUGGAUUUGCAUCUACUCAGGAUACUGUGAUUGCACUCUACGCAUUGUCAAAAUUAGCCGAACAAAUUUCUACCAGCUCUCAAGAUUUAUCAGUCAGCUUCUCCUACUUGAAAGGCACAACCACAGAUGUGUCUGUGAAUCGAGGCAAUGCAAUGAUUCUGCAGAAAUACGAGUUACCUGCCAAAGUACGAGAGAUGAACAUUACAGCAAAAGGAAGUGGAUUUGGAAUUGUUCAAGUAUCUUACCGCUACAAUAUCAACGUCACAGCGGCGUGGCCUUCCUUCACUUUGGACCCACAAGUUGACAAAAAUUCUGAUGUCAACCAUCUUCAACUUUCUGUUUGCUCUGGAUUCGCUGCAGGAAACGAGAGUAACAUGGUAGUGAUGGAAGUAGCAUUGCCGUCAGGUUUCACGGUAGAUUCAGAUUCAUUACCAAGUUUGCAACUUUCUCAGAAUGUCAAACGAGUUGAAACCAAAGAUGGAGAUACAGUCGUCGUUCUUUACUUUGACAAGAUGGUAAAGAAAGAAUACUGUCCAACAGUUUCAGCAUUCAGAACCCACAAAGUUGCUCGUCAACGACCUGUGCCUGUUACUGUUUACGAUUAUUACGACCAAUCUCGAAGGGCACGCGUGUUCUACGAAGCGAGAGCGUCAACAAGCUGUGAUAUUUGUGAAAAUGAAGAUUGUAGCAAAGUUUGCACCGGAAAAACUGGAUCUCAGGCUGGUGACAACUCUGAACCAUCCGCCGCAAGCUACUUCUACCCAUCUCUCAUCCUGUCGCUGUCCAGUCUGUGGUUGCUUCAUGUAGGAGUCCACCACUGAUACCCUCCGUCUACCCAUUUUUCCCCCAUCUAUCCAACGGGCUGUGUGAUUUUGUAAAUAUUCUUAGUUAUUAACGGUAAAAAAGUUUCUCGAGUGGAAGUAAAAGUAUCAGUCAAAACAUUAUCACGGUACUCAAUCUUGCUCUUUGUUGCUAUACUUAAGUAAAACACCGCAUGAACAUUCAAUGUUGCCAAAUUUCCUCUAGAAAAAAAAAUUCGAGGGAAUUUAUGAAUAUUUUUUGUUUCAAUUUUCAGACACUUUAGGACCAAUUACAAAUGAAAUUCUCUGAAAAAUUGAAAAAAAAAAAUAUUCACAACUUUUUUUUUGUAAAUUCAUAUUUCAUAAAAAAAUUUUUUGCAUCUUACUAGACUCAUUUGGUGUUCUUCUCUAAGUAGUGCAACAGUAAGAAGCUCUUUAUUUUACCAUGCGAGAAAUUUAUUUCAGAAACAGCUAUUCUGCCAUUGAUUUGUCUACAAAAUUAGGUGCCUAGAGAAAUAUGACCUAAAUAAAUCAACCCUCCGUCCUUAAAUUUUGAUUUCUGUGCUCUGCUAAAAUUAUUCUGUCCUCCAUUCCUGAUUAAAGAAUAGACAAAUGUCCCUCCGACUGUUUUAUAUUGACGAGAAUUGAGAGAUCUUAUGACGAGGGGAAAAAUAGGUGUUUCAGAGGCUGAUUCCCCUUUUUUUUUAUUUGUCUCCGUUUUAAAAGUGUUCAUUAUUCACGAGUAAAUUUAGGAGGCUUUGAUUUAUACCUUUCCACCUUUUGAAGAGUUCCAGUGGUCUUACAUCAAUUUUCACUUUCAACACAUUGUCAAACUCAUAUUGUAAUAUUCAUAUGGCAAAUAGACAUGAUGUCAAACUGUCUAAUUGUCUUAGAAAACAUGGAUUAUGUUUCGCACUGAGAAAAGGACCACCACUUGGAAAAGAAAAACGAUUUGGUGAAAAUAAAAGGUUUAUGUUCCAACACAAAUUAUAAUUUCUAUUGAUCAAGGUUCUUAAAAUGAACUUCAAUAAUUGUUCAUUCCAUUGGCUGAACUUCCACUUCUGAUACAAACAAAAGAAACGUUUACCAAUUGUUUUUGUACAUCUAGGUAACGCUGUUUCUCUUUUUUUAGUUAGUUACUAUCAAGUACUGAUCUGUAUGAUUAGUGAAAUGUUUUUUUAGUAAUUGCUUUACUUCAUUGUCGCUUGAACAAGCAGUUGCGGCCUCUAAAUACGAACUGUGGAAACUAAUUUUAAGGGAGGGGCAACAAAAAUUGUGAAUGUUAUGAGAGUGCUUCAUAAGAGACAUUCUUGCUGCUCUAAUGGCUAACGAAAGAGAAGGAAAAAUCUGUACCAUGAGUAUCCACACUUCUCCAAUUGUAAAUGAUGGUGAGCUACAUUCACAGCCUUCCUUUUGACUAUUAAGUUGCUUUCAAUCUUAAUUGAAUGUAUAGGGGAUCAGAGUCUUUCAGUCCAAGGUAGUACUGAAUAUGGCUCAUAGGACUCUCAUGAGUAAACCUUGAAGACUGAAAAGAACCCUUUCAUCAGGAUAUUUUUUUCUCUCUAUCAAAACUUUACUGUCGAUAGUUGAAUCAUGAACAUUGCAGUAUGAAAUGGGGUGUUGACCGCUGUCUUUGCAUCAGGAACAAUAUGCAAUACACUGUAAAAAACUGCAAUAUUUUCUUGCGAAAUGGGUGAAAAGUGAAUGUUUCCAAGUUGUUAGUUUUCAAAGAAAUUACAAUCCUCGUGUUAAUUAAGUAUUAUAAAUUAUUGGAUCAUGUCAGUUUGGUUUUAAUCUAAAACUUGGUUUCAAAGCAAUAAGUUGUACAGAAAUGUGUAAAUUUUAUGGAAAAAAGUGUCAUAUAUAUUAUCUUGUUGCUAUCUCAAAAAUCGUUAAAUCAAAUUUCUCAAGCAUCAACUCAUCAAAUUGAGAGAUGAUGAUUAUUCGAUGUGAAUUAUUCGAAAGACAUCUCAAUCAAAAAUCAAACCAAAACAUUCUCUACUCAAUUACAGUUUGAAAAAUUCAGUUAUCGCCGACCUUCUAAAAUUUCCCAACUGUAUCCAUGAAGUUCUCACUAAGUCACUAAAUUUUUAACCUCAUACUAAAUUAAAACUUGCAGCUCUCUCUGCAUAGUGAGUCAUUUUAUUGUAACAUUGUAAAUCGUUCAAGUUUGUGUAUAAUACUGUAAAUAUACUUCUUUUAGUUUUCUAAA